AUGGAGGAAGUGGACAUGCGUCAAAGAAUUGAUCGGCGGCGGCGGGAGCAGUUUGAGAAGUUUACAAGGGCGCUUGGUGAGGUCAGCCCCACACACUUCAUGCAAGAUGCCUUGAAAGCGGGCGCCAGCUCUCUGGAUUUGCAACUGUUUGGGGCCAUCCCACCGAUCACCGAAGCGCGUCGUUUGGAUACAGCUGGAAAAGCUGCCAUUGUUCAAAGCGAGCGCCAAGCGGCAAGAACUUUGAUUCAGAAGAGCAAACAGGAGUCGCUAAAUUCGAAGCAGGCUGUUGUCAACGAAGCGCGCCAAAUUCGUUCCGCCCAGUGGAGGUUGCAAAGCUUGCGGCCACCGUCCAUGGACAGCACCCGUGAUGGUUCCUUUGCGCGCAGCCCAUGGUCAGAUCAGUCAGACUGGGCCUCUUCCAAUGGACCCACACCGCGUGACAUCGGCAGAUCUUCUUCAGCAGGGACUCAGAUUACAACCCGCACACACUCACCCAUGCCAGGUGUGCCGCUGGGAAAGGCCUUCGAGGACAUGCUGGCAAACUACUACAGGACUCUGGAAGAGAUCCAAGAUCAGGAAUUUGCCGAAGCACAAAAAGCUCGGCAGGAAGAGUCUGAGCAGCUGCAGCGAGAACAUGUCCGAAGAGAGCACUUUGAACAGCAGCAUCGGAUGAGGGAGUUUGCCAUUGUUCACGAGCUGCACCGCCGCGAGCGGCGCCGCGUCUUCGACGCCUCGCGCACGGUGCUGGUGGUCGACCGCCUGGCCGAGGAGCAGCGACGCAGGCGAUUCGAGCUGCACCUGCGACAGGAAGCGGCCAAGGAUCAACGGGAAAAGAGUCGACAACGAAGGGCCAGGUAUGAGUCGCAUUUCGAUUUCAUUUUGAGCCAAGAGGCUUUAGACCGAGCAUGUGGCAAAGUCGACAUGCAAAAACACUUUGAAACUCAGCGGGCAGACACGAAGGAAAAAGUGGAGAAACGUAAAGAAAAGUGGGCAAGAAAGUCCCGACCACUACGAGCAAGACGCUUGUUCCAGCAGGAACAGAAGAAGAUCUGCAGCUUGGAGCGUGAAAGGCAACAUGCUUAUUAUGCAGCCAGGCAGAGAGCUCAAGGUGAACGUGAGUUUCAGCAGAAGAAAGAAAAUGUUCGCAUGGCUCACUUAUUGAAGGCCAUCAUGCGAGGAUGGAGAGAGAAUAGAAACAAAUCCAAGGCGAAAAGUGCAGAGGUUUCAGAAACCUCUGCUGAUCUUGCAGCUAGCGCGGCGGAGGUAAACAGCAUGGACGAGUCUCACCCAGGGACGACCUCGUGA